GAGAUUCUUGUAAAACGAGAAGAAAUUUCGCAAUUUUUAAAAAUAUUUCAGAUAAUUAAAGAAAAAGUAAGCCCAUUUUAAAAUGUCUGACUGGGAAGAAGACGAUAACUGUAGUAGUGCUGUGCAAACACAUGAACAAGAUUUAAAUCUUAGUGGCGGGCGAAGAAGCCCGGCCUCAAGUAGUCGAUGGGGACAAGACAAACGAAAUGACGAUUUUGGUAAUCGUAGAGAGCAACGUGGUCGUGAUGGUGGUAGAGGUGGUAAUGCUAGUCGAAAUUUUGAGUUCAAAGAAACCAUUGACUUGCGUAGUGAUUGUAUUGGAAUGAUUAUUGGCAGAGGAGGCUCCAAUAUUCAACGUCUACAAACGGAUUAUAAUGUUCGUGUUGAUCUUGAUAAAGGAAGUGGCACCGCCACAGUGUCUGGUAACAGUGAAGGUGAUGUUCAAAGUGCAUUGAAUAGUAUUAAGGAUCAAAUGGAGAAGUCCGAAAACCGCGGAGGUGGAGGAGGACGUGGUAAUGGUGGCACUAAUGGCGGCGGUUACCGUGAUAGGGGCAAUUCCUAUCAAAGCCGCUAUAAUGAGCCGAGUGAAAAUAGUGAUUCUUAUGGAAGAGGCGGUAGCGGUGGAGGCGGAAAUUAUCGAAAGCCUGAUAAUGAUUUCUAUAGUGGUGGUGGCGGCACAACGUUUCAGGAGGAAAGUAGUGAAGAUAAUGGAGGCAUAAUUGACUGGAAAUCAUUAAAUGAAAAAGCCGAAGUUGCGCGAAAGAAACGAUGGGCAAUGUGUCCAACUCUAACAAAGAACUUUUAUCAAGAAACCCCUGAAGUGGCUAGUUUGUCCAAUGAUGAAGCACAACGCAUACGUUUGGAAAACAAUAAUACAACCGUGGCUAGAGUCUUUAAAGGCGAGGAGGGAGAUUGCGAUAAAAUUCCAAAUCCUGUAUGGAAAUUUGAACAAUGCUUUGCUGCCUAUCCGGAUCUGCUGGCUGAAAUUAGAAAACAAGAUUUUAAAAAACCUUCACCCAUACAAGCCCAAGCUUGGCCCAUACUUUUGAAAGGUGAAGACAUGAUUGGCAUCGCUCAGACCGGUACUGGCAAAACAUUGGCCUUUCUCUUGCCUGCCAUGAUACACACAGAAUAUCAAAGUUUACCACGUUCCGAGAGAGGAGGGCCCAAUGUAUUAAUUAUGGCUCCCACGCGUGAGUUGGCCCUACAGAUUGAAAAGGAAGUGAAUAAAUAUCAAUUUAGGGGUAUGAGGGCCGUUUGUGUGUAUGGUGGUGGCAAUCGGCGUGAUCAAAUUGGAUGCGUUGAAAGUGGAGCUGAAAUUAUCAUUUGCACACCAGGCCGUUUGAAUGAUCUUAUACAGGCUAAAGUUAUCGAUGUUGCCACUAUUACCUAUUUGGUACUGGAUGAAGCCGAUCGUAUGUUGGACAUGGGUUUUGAACCACAAAUCCGUAAAAUUUUAUUGGACAUACGUCCUGAUCGUCAAACUGUGAUGACUAGUGCCACCUGGCCGGCAGGCGUUAGACGUUUGGCGCAAAGCUACAUGAACAAUCCCAUUCAAGUGUGUGUGGGUUCUUUGGAUUUGGCCGCCACUCAUACAGUGGAGCAAAUAAUUGAAAUAAUGGAAGAAGAAGAUAAAUUUUAUACUGCUAAACGAUUUAUCAAAAACAUGAAACCGGACGAUAAAAUUAUAAUAUUCUGCGGCAAAAAAGUGCGAGCUGAUGAUUUAUCAAGUGAUUUAACUUUAGAUGGUUACAUGUGUCAAUGUAUUCAUGGAUCUCGGGAUCAGGCUGAUCGUGAACAAGCAAUUGCCGAUAUUACUUCGGGCGAAGUAAAGAUUCUUAUAGCUACCGAUGUGGCAUCACGAGGUCUUGAUAUCGAGGAUAUAACUCACGUUAUAAAUUUCGAUUUUCCACGUAAUAUUGAAGAAUAUGUUCAUCGUGUUGGUCGUACAGGACGCGCUGGUCGCACUGGUACUUCAAUCAGCUAUAUAACACGAUCCGAUUGGGGUAUGGCUCCAGAACUAAUAUCCAUACUCGAAGAGGCCAAUCAACACGUGCCAGAUGAGUUGCGUGACAUGGCCGAACGUUUUGCUAAAAUGAAGGAAAGAAAAAAUGAGGAAAUGGGCAAGUUUAAUAACAUGAGAGGUCCCCGUGGCGGUGGUUAUGGCGGACGAAGUGGAGGAGGUGGCGGCGGAGGUGGCCGUGGUGGACGUCGUUACUAAGAGAAUCUCUGUGGUUUUAAGUAUAUUUUAUAAUCAUGUUUCUUAAGAAAUUAUGAAUUUAAAAAAUUAUAAAAUAUACUUCAAAAAUAAUGCUAUUUUCAUAAUCAUGUGUAUGAUAAGAAAAUAAUAUCCAAAUAUUCCUUUUUUUAAUAAUCUAUUAUGUAUAAAUUUUCGUUUAUAACAUUUAAAAUAACCAACCAGCCUGUUUUUAAACAAAGAAUUUAAUUUUUUUUUUGCUAGUGUGACGACAAUUGAAUUCAUUUUUUAUUUAUGCUUUUAUUAAUGUAGAUUUUUUGUAAUAAAAAUAAAAUAUGAACUAAAUAAAGUGGGUAAAACACAUGCGAAUUUCUGUUCUUAAAAGAAAA